CGUGAUUAACGUUCCAGCGUCCGAUUCCCGGAGAUGGUGUGAAGUGAAUGCUCCGAGUUUAGCCGGACCACCUUGCCGGGCUGGUGGAGCGCGCUUUAGCUUAUCUAUGUGUCCGAAACUCCGACGGCAUUGACUCAAGAACACGGAGCAACCCACUUCGUUCUUAUCAAGAGUGUGCCGCACUGCAACACCUACAAACCUCGACCGUAACUUCACUCCACAUAGACAUUACACCACGCCAAAGAACGAAGGCUCAGCUAUAAUUCACAUUUCGCAUAAAUAUGGGUUCAUUACCCCAAGCAACUCCAUUUAGAGUCGCCAUCGUCAAGGCCUACGAGAUCGACGAGCCAAAGCAUAGGGGGAUGCUGCAGUCGUUUCGAGAUAACGUCUUGCAACAAGUUCCAGAUGCAAUCAUCGACGCAUACCGACCGAUGAAGGAAGACGGUCACCUCCCUGCGCCUGUGGACUACGAUCUCAUCAUCAUCACCGGCGGACUGAGCAACCUGUGCCAGGCAACUUAUGAGCCUUGGGUUGACACCACGCUAGGAUGGAUUCGUCAAGUGGUGGAGCAGCAACACAUCACGAAGACGAAGCUGCUCGGCAUCUGCUGGGGUCACCAGGCAAUCGCAACAGCUCUCUCUGGCAAGGUCGGGAGUUUUGAACAUCCAAGAGUUGGCGUCGAGGACCUUGCUCUGAACGAUGACGGCAAAGCAGUUUUUGGAAAGGAGUCGCUAAAAAUCACAAAAUUCCACAAACGCUUUGUCCAGGACGUUCCGAGCGGCUUCAAGCCACUGGCGCCGGAAAACGAGGUUCUUCUGUCCGACUCUGGGCUCGUGCUGUCGCUUCAAGGCCACCCCGAGAUUUACGGAGAGCUGUCAAGACAACUUUUCGACAUGAACGUGCCAUACUACAGAGCGACACUGCCAACCGAGGACGAUCUUCAGCGAUACUACUCUGAGAUGUCCUCGAGUGAGCAAGAUGCCAAGCUGAUUUUCCAGAAGGUUACUCAGUGGGCCCAGUCAUGACCUCUCUGAACACAGGCCAAGUUUUCGAUUCCGACAUAGAUACAUGUACUUAUGAUUUGAAUGAAGCGUAGAUUUUGCCAGUAAAUACCACAACGUU